AUGCUGGCUGCCGUGCUCUGCCCCAUCUCCACGUGCUGCCCAGAGUUUGGCCAGUGCCCGGAGUCCACAAGGUACUUCCUGAGGCUCUGUGACGACUUCUGCUCCUCAAAUGAUGACUGCCCGGGCAGCGAGCUCUGCUGCAGGACCGGCUGUGGACGGGAGUGCGUGCUCCCCAAAGGAGCCAAGAGGGGCUCCUGCCCGCAGUCAGAACCUGGCCUGAUCACCACGUGCGAUGUGCGCUGCAACUCUGACAGCGAAUGCCCAGGCGACAUGAAGUGCUGCAGCGUGGGCUGCCAAGUCCAAUGCGUGAAGCCAGAGCCAGCCAAACCAGGUGUCUGCCCCAGAAGAAAGGUGCUGGAGACCUUCGCCCCCUGCAGAAACUCAUGCCAUGACGACUCCGACUGUCCCGGGCGUAACAAGUGCUGCUUCACGGGCUGUGGCCUCGGCUGCCUUCCUCCCAACAGAGGGAGAUACGGGGAGUGACCCCAAGGAGGAAGCAGCGCUGGAGCACAGGGCCCCUCCGUGGGCUCGGCAGCCUGGGGGCCGGGGUCUGUGGUGAUGCUGGCUGCCGUGCUCUGCCCCAUGCAAUAAAGUUGCC